CCGGUGGCCGCCGACAGCGCCGCGCGCGGCAGUUUCUCACACCACGCAUAACCUUAAUAACUAGGUUAAAUAUGUUCCAAUAAUAAAUAAUAAAUAUUCGUGUUGAAAUAUAAAAUUAUCUGUUUCCUAAUACGCAGCAGUAGAAGAUUCCUAUUCAAGUGUUCUUAUAUAUUAAAAACAUUUUCAAUAAUACACACUUACCAAUAAACAUUGUCAAAACAAUGAUAUUGAUUUACGUUUCAAAUUUAUUUCAUGAUAACUGUAAUCGUUAUUCAAACAACUGUUAAAGGAUUACCUACAAAGAACAGGAAUGAUAUACAAGCAAUGCACUACAGCAUCAUGAAAACGAGAUAAUGAUAAUUUUCAUACUCUUUAGACGCUUCGGCGCUUCCUCCUUCCUUCCAAAAUAGAAUAAAAACUAAUCAAGUGAUAAGUGCCUCUAUUUUCACAAGAUUUAGAGUAGCAAAUAUUUCAAUAACCAUAUCUUAUCGACAAUAUUCUCAAAAUAAGUUUACAGCAUUUCACUUCGACUCGAAUUACGCUUCAAUUCAUAUCAAAGGAGAAAACUUGUAAUAGUGCCAAAGAUAAAAUAGUUGAAAAUGUCACACGGAGGAGUAAAGACCACGAAGAACGGCAAUGGAGCGCAAGUGGAGUCGUCGAGAGAGGGGUCUGAGAGCCUUGCGCCCCCUCCCGACGGCGGGUGGGGGUGGAUGGUCGUGUUCGCUUCAUUUAUGAUACACAUCGUGACCGAUGGCAUGACCUAUUCGUUUGGCGUAUUCUAUGCAGAGUUCCUGACCUACUUUAAUGAGGGCAAAGGCAAGACUGCGUGGAUCGUGUCUAUCCUCGUCGGGGUCACCCUUAGCUCAGGUCCGAUAUCAAGUUCAUUUGUAAAUCGAUGGGGGUGUCGAUCAGUAACAGUGGCGGGCGCUAUGCUCUCAGCAGUCUGUGUCGUGAUAUCAGCGUUCGCCAACAAUGUCACCACGCUCAUAUUCACGAUUGGAGUAGGCACUGGCGUUGGCUUCGGUCUCAUAUACUUGCCUGCGAUCGUUAGCGUUACUGUGUGGUUUGAACGUUACAGGAGUCUUGCCACUGGCAUAGCUGUAUGCGGAUCUGGCCUAGGAACAUUCCUCUUUGCACCAAUUACAUCCGCUUUAAUAUCGAACUAUGGAUGGCGAGGCGCAAUGGUCAUUAUCGGAGCAUUUAUAUUAAAUUGUAUUCCAUUAGGACUCAUGUUUCGGCCAGUACCUGAACGCCCAAGAACCCCCGUAACGGAACCAAUGUUACCACAACAAAAUAAAUCGCCUCUGAAAAGAUCUCAAAGUACAGAGCACGUUGUACGAGCAAACGGUAAAAUAGAAGAGGAUGUGGCUAGGCUUACUCUAUCGCAGCCAGCAUUGAAUAAACCACAAGAGCAAAGACACAUGAGUUCACGUCACGGAAGUGGUAUAAUGCAGCGCCCAGACGUGUUGUACCAAGGAAGUAUGACAAGUUUAGCGCGACUCAGAGGACCAUCCAUGGAAAGAUCUCAAGUAUCAAUGAAAAGAGAAGAACGAGAAACGCGAUGUGGCUGGCUUCCAUGUUCAGACGAGUUCAAAAUCGCCUUAUCAGAAAUGCUUGACGUUUCACUUCUUAUAGAUCCUAUUUUUAUAUUAUUUUCACUAUCAAACUUUUUAACUAGUAUAGGAUUUUAUAUACCAUAUGUCUAUACAGUGCCUAUGAGUGAAAGCUUGGGCAUAGAGAAUCCGCCAUAUUUGAUCUCUAUCAUAGGUGCAUCAAAUUUAGUAGGAAGAGUCAUUCUUGGAUAUAUAAGUGAUAAACCGUGGGUUAAUCGACUAUUGGCUUACAAUAUAUGCCUUACCAUAGCCGGAAUAAGUACGGCGUUGGCUAUGGCCUGUUGGGAAUUUUGGGGUUUGGCUCUUUAUGCAACUGCAUUUGGCUUCACUAUUGGUGCUUAUGUUGGGCUCACUUCAGUGGUGCUAGUAGAUCUCUUGGGAUUAGAGAAAUUAACAAACGCAUUUGGGUUGCUCCUACUGUUUCAAGGGAUCGCAUCUCUUAUUGGUCCACCGUUUGCAGGAUGGCUUUACGACACAUAUAAAUCAUAUGCGCCCGGCUUCUACGUCGCCGGUGGCACUAUUUCCCUGAGUGGCAUCAUACUAUUCCUAAUACCUGUACUCGAAAGGAGAAACAAUAGGAGUAGAUGGAACCAGAAUACAGACAUGGAGAGCAUUUAGCAGGAUAAGUUCAGAGGGACUAAAUAUGAGUACCCCGUUAUUGUACUCUGCAGUCCCUCAACACCGUCCUCCAUUACCUCCACUGAGGACACAUAUAGCAACAGGGUAUAUACAACAACUUUAGACGAUAAUAUCGAUUUUAUAAUAGAAACUGAAAAAAACUGUGUGAUCAAUAACUCUAGUGAAUGUGAUGACAUUUUGGACGAUAAUUAAGCCCAUUCCAAAGAAAAAUGUGAAAAAAGUGCGCGUAAGUAUGAUAAUAAAGUGUAAAAAUAAUAAAUUAAAUAUGUUUAUCGAAAAAAUAUAUUGUGUAAAAUAUAGUGUGAUUUAAGUAAGGUUAAGUGACUGCAACAAAUUCAUUAUAGUAAGUGUUAAAAGAAAAAAUAUUGUAAAGUUUGUUAUGAUUUACUUGUGCGAUAAAGUGUGAGUUUCUUCAACAUACCUAUUUUACACGAAUCUUAUCAUAGAAUGUUGAACAAAAUACAUAUCUGUCAACUAAAUUUUUCUCGAAUACUAACUGCACUGUAUGAUUGUUUGCGAUGAGUAUGUAUAAAAAUUUUAAACAGUAUAUUCAUUUAUAUACUAUUAAAAAAUAUGAAUAUGUGAAAAUGUAUUAUAGAUAAGAAUUUCAAAAUCUGUGAAAUUACUGCAAACAAGGGAACGGUGUAAAUCAUAGAUGGCCUUAUUGUGGACCAAACAUGUACGUAGAAUUUAACAAAAAGGAAUGUAAAUACUAAAUAACUAUCACUUAGAUUAAUGACAGUUGAGCAACGUUUACAAAUAUUAUCCGAUAAGUACAAUCUUCCUCAUUUUACUAUAAAAUGUAAGUUUAUAAAUCUUCCAUAAAUUUGUACUGGAGUUUGCAAUAAUGGUUUUGUAUAAUAUUUGAUUAGACUGACUAAAAUAAUAUCGUACAAAAUUCAUCUUGUGUAAUUUUGACUGAUUGUUCAUCUUGAUUACGGUUACCUGAUGUUUAAAGUAAAGUUACCAUUAUUAUAAGAAUAUUGGCGUUUGUUUUUUAAACCUUAUUGAUUGCUUCAUUCGUUACGAAAUAAUAAAAACCAAUUUUGAAUAGGUUAAAU